AUGCUUGGAGCACUACUUAAUGGAGAGGUUUUCGCACUGCAAGAAGAGGACAAGCCUAAGACGGAUAAGCCUAAGGGCGAUGAUAAGCUCAAGACGGACAAGCCUAAGACGGAUAAGCCUAAGGGCGAUGAUAAGCCUAAGACGGAUCAGCCUAAGAGCGAUGAUGAGCCUCAAGCAGACAAGCCUAAGACGGAUAAGCCUAUGGGCGAUGAUAAGCUCAAGAGGACAGGCCUAAGACGGAUAAGCCUAAUGGCUAUGAUAAGCCUAAGACGGGCAAGCCUAAAGGCGAUGAUAAAACCUAUCUCAUGGAUCAGAAUUCAAAUAAAUACGCAUAUCUCAACUAUCAACAAGUGA